AUGAUUCUACUGUUCGGAACGGCGGCUGGUUUUUCCCUUUUCAAAGUGCUGGAUGAAGGAAAGCUUUCAAAAGUUGAGGACUUGCAAGAGUCGUUUUCCAGUGCAGCUACUGCUAGAAAGGUGGUCAAAUUGAAAGCAUUUCCCAAAUUUGAGAAUACAUCAAAAGCUCUAAAGUCAGCUAAUUUAUUGAUUGAUGGAAAAGCUAGUAAGGAUUUACGCAAGUUUUUAAGUUUUCAUUGCCAAAAUGAAACAUUAGGUGUAGCUGAUACAAAGCUUGUGAGUAUCAUCAAGGAAAAAUUGCAACUCGACUGUGUUCACACAUUGGUGUCAUGGAGUUGA